AUGACUUUUGCUCUCGGGCUCUUUUGGCCCUCAGUGGCCCUGGUGGUAGGUCUCGUGUACAUGGGAGCGCGACUGCUGCGCGUAGGCAUGCGUGAGGAGGGUCUGCCACCUGGGCCGCCGACGCUCCCCAUUUUAGGCAAUCUACAUCAAAUGACGGAUAAACCAUAUCUCAUGUUUGAAAAAUGGGCAAAGCAGUAUGGUCCGAUUAUGUCGGUGAAGUUAGGAACACAGACGAUGAUCGUGAUCAAUACCGAACAAGGGAUUCGCGACCUGUUCGAAAAGAGAAGUGGCAAUUACUCGGCCAAGGCGUCAAAUUUCGGCGCUGAAUUUGGCGAAAACCUCAACUUACUCUUCAGGACCAACGAUGACGUGUGGCGCCGGAUGCGCAAGAUGUAUCACCUCCGCCUCAACAUCACCGCUGCUAACAACUAUCUUCCAUAUCAGGAGUUUGAGAGUCUGCAGAUGUUGGACGAGCUGUUGGACAGACCACAAGAUUUCUGGACUGUCCUCAAGAGAUACACCACGAGUAUUGGGGCGACGGUCAUUUUCGCCAAAAGAUACCCGGAUCUCGAGGACCCCAGGGUCAAGGCACUCUACACGUGGCUCGAGAGAUUUUCGGCCCUGAUGGAGAAGACAUCUUUUGCCGACUGGUACCCAAUCUUGAAACCGUUCUAUUUCCGAGCCCCUUCCUGGAUCAGUGGUUUUCUGAAGGAAGCGGCGGAACUGAAAGAAAUGGAAACGAAACUGUGGAUGCAGCUGAUUGGCGAGGGGCAAGAAAUGCUUGAUCAAGGCAAGAUGAGACCAAGUUUUGCCAGAAAUCUUCUCUUGACCAUAGGUGCCGAAUCUGGACAGAUUGCGAAAUCGGAUGCUCUCACGUUCAAGCAGAUCGCAUUCGUGGUUGGCCAUGCGUGGCCUGCAGCAGCGGAUACCACCUACAGCACCCUCAUGGGCUUUGUAAAGGCCAUGGUUCUGUUUCCCGAGGUCCAGAAGCAAGCACAAGAGGAGCUCGAUAGAGUCGUGGGAAGCUACAGACUUCCUACCUGGGAAGACUCCCCGAACCUGCCUUAUAUCAUGGCGUGUGUCAAGGAGUCCUUCAGGUGGAUGCCAACAACAGUCGCAGGAGGCGCACCUCACGCAGCAACGAACGAGGAUAGUUACUUAGGCUACCGAAUUCCCGCAGGAGUCCCAGUUGUGAACAACGUCUGGAGCAUCAAUAACGAUCGAACGACUCCUCGUGAUUUUGAGCCCCGCCGACACUUGCCGGGCCAUAAGUUUCCCCCCGUCGGCGCGCCCAUCGGAUCAGAUACAUCCGACAAGCCUUAUACUACUUUUGGCGCGGGACGGAGAAUGUGUCCUGGUAUUCAUGUUGCUGAGAGGAGCCUGUAUACGGCCGUCGCUCGCUUGUUGUGGUCCUUCAACAUGAAACCGGCCGUAGACGAGAAGGGUAAUGUUGUUCCGAUCGACCGUGACGGCAUGACACCAGGUUUCAUGGUCACCCCUGUGCAUUACAACAUGGUGUUUGAGAGUCGAGAUGAAGAGCGAGUUGCACUGAUCCGGCGGUCUUGGAAGCAAGCAAAAAGCUUUCUGGAAGAGGAUGGGAGCUACAAUGAAGCGUUCUUUCAGCAGUCCUUCGCGACUCAGUCACUCGCUUGA